AUGAUUAAAGCUGAAGCCUGCGUUGACUGCAACGAAGCUUUCCGACUUGCCUACGUCACAACCACAACUACAUUGGCAGCAGGCGAUACUCCCUACACCUCUACCAUCACUGCUCCGGGAACUGUGUCCGGAACGAUUGAAAUCGGUGUAGCAGCAAAAGAAACCACCAUCACUACCGAGAAGCCUACAGCGACGACAGUUGCAGACGAGACAACAACUACCUCUGAAGAGCCCUCUACAUCAACUGCUCAGGAUGAAUCAACAACAACCUCUCAGGAGGCAACCAGUACUGCUGAAGAUACUAGUAUAGCAACAACUAGAAAAGAGACGACCACUGUAACCACCCUUAAGAAGACAACUACUUCGACUGCCAAGGAAACAACAUCCACUACUUCAGGGACAGGCACAGACACUACUACAACCAUUAACACAGGCACUACCACCAAAACUGCUAUAGACGUUAUAGAGACAUCGACAGAGGCCAGUAGCUCAGUCACUUUAGAAGAACUCCCAAACUCUACUUCAGAAGUGAUCGUGAUAUAG